GGAACAGCAGAAGUCAGUUUCAUUGCGCGGUGUUUAAAGCACGUCGAUGAACAUACAUUAUCUGGCACAAAUACCACGCAUAAACUGUAUCAGUGAAAAGAGACAGGCAAUCUGAUCUAAAGUGACCGCAUGGAAUUCGAAUCACUCCAUCUGUCACCCACUCUGCCAAAGAAACAUUUUCUGUUGGAUCUGAAGAGAAGUCACCUUUAAACUUCUUUUUUUUCUUUGUUGUUGUGGCCACAAAAGUGCCAUGGGUGGAGCAGUAAGUGCUGGCGAAGACAAUGAUGAUUUGAUUGACAACUUAAAGGAGGCACAGUACAUCCGCACAGAAAGGGUGGAGCAGGCGUUCAGGGCCAUAGACCGUGGAGAUUACUACUUAGAAGGAUUCAGGGAAAAUGCAUACAAAGACUUGGCCUGGAAGCAUGGCAACAUCCACCUUUCAGCUCCCUGUAUAUAUUCUGAGGUCAUGGAAGCAUUAAAUCUUCAGCAAGGACUGUCUUUUCUUAAUCUGGGCAGUGGAACAGGAUACCUAAGCACAAUGGUGGGCCUUAUCAUUGGCCCAUUUGGAGUAAAUCAUGGUGUGGAGCUCCACAAGGAUGUGGUGGAAUAUGCAAAAGAGAAGCUGGACGGCUUCAUUAAAAACAGUGACAGUUUUGACAAGUUUGAAUUCUGUGAGCCCCACUUUGUUGUGGGAAAUUGUUUAGAGAUUUCAUCAGACUGCCAUCAGUAUGAUCGCAUCUACUGUGGUGCAGGAGUACAGAAAGACCAUGAGAACUACAUGAAGGUCAUGCUCAAAGUUGGGGGCAUUCUUGUCAUGCCCAUAGAAGAUAAGUUGACUCAAAUAACCCGAACUGGACAAAGCUCAUGGAAUAGUAAGAAGAUCUUGGCUGUAUCCUUUGCACCCUUAGUACAGCAAGGCAAAAGUGACGGAAACAAGCCAGACACUGUAAUACUACCUCCGCUGUCAGUGCGAAGCCUGCAGGACCUGGCACGUAUCUACAUCCGACGCACACUGCGCAACCUCAUCAACAAUGAGAAGGUGUGUAAGGGCACAGUGCCACAAGCAGCACAGAAACGAAAACGAAGACGCUCUCGCCGUCAACGUCGCCAUUGUGUCAGCACUUACGUUUAUGUAGACAACCAACUGAUCCCUAAAGCCUUAGAAAGUGAUGAGGAAGAAAAGAUGGAGGAUGAGGAAAACCAAGAGGAAGAGCAGGAGAAAGACAAGCCUGAAGAACGGAUCAAUUUGCUGAGAAACAAGAUUUUGAGCCUCCCUUUGCCCGAGUCACUCAAGGCCUAUCUGCUGUACUACCGUGAAAAAUAAAGAAGUAAGCAGGGCUUCUGUA